CUAUCCUAUUCUCAAAUAUAAAAAUAUUUGUUAAGCACACUUCUGUAGAUUUGUUCACUCGGAUUACAGGUUUUUUCCGACUUUAUCAAAUAACCAUAAAUUUCAAAUGGAACUCGAGUCAAGAAUGCCCAGCUUUACAAUUAUAGUCAACUUAUUACUUUCUUUUUCUUUCUUCUUUUUCUUCUUUACAAAGAAAACUACAAAAGCGAUUGCCUUUUGUUCCUGACAUGAAUCAAUCGGAAAAUAACUCAGAUGAUCAACAGACAAAAGACAUAAAGAAAAAAACCAAUUUAAGAGUAGAUACGUCAGAUGUAUCACAGCAGCAACAAGGAUCUCAGCACAUAAAACCAAUCACGCCUUUAUCUGCUUCAAAAUCAUAUACCAAUAGCAUCAAUAAUAACAAUGGUUCAAAGUCAAAUAAACGCUUUGAAUUGCCUUCUGACACUAGACCAGAAAGAACACAGCGUCCAGAAGAUUUAAGAAGAGCUCAGUAUCUAGUUGCAACACUUCAACAUUCAAAAGACACAGAUAAAGAUGAAGAUGAGAACAAUAAAGAGAGUCCAGAAGCAAAAAGCAAAAAGAAAAAAAUCAAAAGGAAGCCACCUACUUGUUGGGUAACAAUAAGUUGGAUUUUGACAUGGUGGGCACCGCCUUUUAUGCUCAAGACGUUUGGCAUCAAAGACAAGGGCAUGCAACAAGCUUGGAGAGAAAAAGUAUCUUUAGUUCAAAUCAUUAUCUUUUUAUGUGCCAUUGUGGGAUUUUUGACCUUUGGCUUUAAUGCAACAGUAUGUGGCAGACAAGCCAAUCGUAUUCGGCCUACUGGCGUAGAAUACAGUCAUAUUGUGAUCUCUGGUAGAGCUUUUGAUCUUAAAUCAUUUAGACAUCCAACACCUGUCAUUGGUAUGCCCGGAAGUGGUGAUCUUCAAGAAUUAGGUGUCGGCGGUCGUGAUCUUUCAUUUCUUUUCCAAACAGUCAACUACAACUGCAAAGGCAUUCUGAAUCCUAUUCAAGCUGAUGAUGAAAAGGGCAAUGUCGCUAACUACUUUCCCUGUGUGACAUUGGACCGAAAUAAACCCUCUAUCAAUUCAACAGACAACCCAGAACGUCAUGGAUGUCACAUUAGCACGAAAUCUCGUUUGGCUUUGCGUCGACUUGAAGUCAUUGGUGAUGUUUAUUAUAAUUGGACAGACAUUCAAAAACCUGGUACCAGUUUAGUUGCUUUUAAUGGCAACGUUUUAGACUUGUCUCGACUUCGUUACCUUACACCUAAUAUUCCUUUACCUGUUUCAGUAGCACAGAUUGUAGGUCCAGGAAGUGCUUUUAUUGGUCGAGAUGCUACUUACUGGCUUAGUACUACAGCUGAUCGUCUUCAGAUUGGUAAAUGUCUGACAGAUAUUCUCAAGGUGGGUGUGGUUGAUACACGUUCGACUGGAUGUAUUAUUUCCGACAUUGUCUUGUGGGUCUCUCUUGCUGUUAUUUUAGGCGUAGUCUUGAUUCGCUUCUUUUUAGCACUUAUGUUUGGUUGGUUCGUUUCAUGGAAAUUAGGCAGCAUACGAGAAGAAACAGACGAAGAUCGACGUAAACGACAAGAAAACGUGUUGGCAUGGGAAAUGAACAAUGCUGAAGAAAUGCACUAUCCUCGGACACAAAGUAUUUCUUCCAUUCCAGUCAAUUCAGUCGUGACUCAAACAGGGCCUGCCGUCUUGACACCUUUAACAGCUGCUGAUGUAAGAAAAGUGUUUGGCACAGACGAUGUAUUACAAUCACCUCAAGUUCAAAAAGCCAAACGACGUUUUUUCCCCACCACCUCUCGAUUCACACAACCUAACUCACCUCGGUCUAUCAAUGGCUCAGGUCAAUUUGGUACUCCUUCAAGCUUAUUUGAUGGAAAUUAUAGUAACAUUGGCUCCCCUAUGGCACCUCGUAGUUCAUUUGGAUUACCUCAAGUAGGCGAAGGUUGUGUGGCAAGUAAUUACAACUUCAACUUUGAUUUGAUCCAUACAUUUAUGGUCGUCACUUGCUAUUCUGAGGGCGAGGAAGGGUUGCGGACAACAUUGGAUUCCUUGGCUAACACAGACUACCCUUAUACACAUAAGCUACUGCUGGUCAUUUGUGAUGGUAUCAUCACAGGUUCUGGUAAUGGUAGCUCAACACCUGACAUUGUCUUGUCCAUGAUGAAAGACGACUUGGUGCCUCGAGAACAAGUUCAGCCUUCUUCCUAUGUGGCUAUUGCAGAUGGCGCAAAGCGCCACAAUAUGGCUAAAGUCUAUGCUGGUUACUAUAGCUACAAUCAAGAUACAUCAAGUCAUUUGGGUGUAGUCCCUGAAGAACAGCAGCAAAAUGUGCCUAUGAUUGUGAUAGUCAAGUGCGGUACAGAAGCAGAAGCGACAGACAAGAAGCCUGGUAACAGAGGAAAGCGUGAUAGUCAAGUCAUUUUGAUGAACACAAUGCAAAAGGUGUAUUAUGGUGAACGCAUGUGCGAUUUAGAAUAUCAGUUCUGCAAAGCUAUCGUCAAAUUAACAGGCCAUCAUCCAUCUAUUUUUGAGACUUGUCUUAUGGUGGAUGCUGAUACAAAAGUGUAUCCUGAUUCACUCGCUAGAAUGAUUGCUUGUAUGUCAAGAGAUCCUUAUAUUAUGGGUCUUUGUGGAGAAACCAAGAUUGCAAACAAAAGUGACAGUUGGGUCACUGCUAUUCAAGUAUUUGAAUACUAUAUCUCUCAUCAUAUGAGUAAGGCUUUUGAAUCUAUUUUUGGCGGUGUUACUUGCUUGCCAGGUUGUUUCUGUAUGUAUCGUAUCAUUGCACCUAAAGGUGAUCGCUAUGUUCCUAUCUUUUGCUCUUCAGAUAUUGUUGAAAUGUAUUGUGAAAAUGUGGUUGAUACUCUGCAUAAAAAGAACUUGUUGCUCUUAGGUGAAGAUCGUUAUUUGACGACACUUAUGCUCCGUGCUUUUCCUAAGCGAAAAAUGAUGUUUGUUCCUCAAGCUGUAUGCAAAACGGUUGUACCUGAUACAUUUAGUGUCUUGUUAUCCCAAAGAAGAAGAUGGAUCAAUUCUACUGUGCAUAACUUGCUUGAACUUGUCUUGAUUCGUGAUUUAUGUGGUACUUUCUGCUUUUCCAUGCAAUUUGUUGUUUUUAUGGAACUUGUGGGCACGGUUGUUCUUCCAGCAGCCAUUUCAUUCACGAUAUAUCUCAUCAUCAUUUCAUUCUUUGUGACACCUGUGCCUAUCAUCCCAUUACUGUUGCUGGCAGCUAUCUUGGGUCUACCUGCUAUUCUGAUUGCCUUUACUACACGCAAAAUGGUCUAUGUGGGUUGGAUGUGUGUCUAUCUGCUCUCGCUUCCUAUUUGGAAUUUUGUGUUGCCUGCUUAUGCUUACUGGCAUUUUGAUGAUUUCUCAUGGGGUCAAACGCGUGUUGUCGAAGGUGGAGAAAAGAAAGAGGACCAUGGUCGUCGGGAAGGUGAGUUCGACAGUACAGGUAUUACUAUGCGUCGAUUUGAAGAGUGGGCAAGAUAUGAGCGAAAACUAUUAGCAGAAGAGCGCAUGUCCUCAUCCACAGUGGCAAGAAAUUACCCCAAAGUUUAUUAUGGUCAUUAGAUAAAGAGAUCGACAUU